AUUGACUUCGAUCCCUCACUACUCACUCUAAUGGCAUGUCUUAAUAAACCUUUGGCACGCGGCCACAAAGACAUACCUGUUGUUCGUCGGUGGUCCAGAGGUGUGCCCUGGAGAUGAGACUAAUUACUGGAAGCGAGCUUGACAGCAGCCCUCUAAAUGAACAAGCGGCUGAAACAAGGGAAUUGGAGGGUUUUGUGUUUGGCCUGUAUGACGUCCAGACAGGGAUGACGACUUGAACAGCACAGAGCAAUAUAAGAGACACGUGUUCUUCCCCUUGGGGUGAUAAGAAGAUCAGAUGACUCCCCCUCACACUAACCAGAAGAUGUCGUGGUCUUCCCUCAACCUCCAGAAGGCUGCUGGGAUGGACACGUCUAACAGGAAAGUCCUAGUGCUGGUCUUGAUGCUGCUGCUGUCUCAACUGACAUGUGACGCUCACAGCAUGUCUGAGUGCUGCAGACAACCAUCUCGCUCCUGUCGCCUCUACGUGCUGCUGUGCCGCUCCGGUAGCAGUACCACGGGGGGAUCCCACACUGGAGAUGCUGCUGCCGGCAUCCUCACCCUGGGCAAACGGAAGGAGGAUGAGCAUCGCUUGCACAGCCGACUCCACCACCUAUUGCAGGUCUCCAGGAACCAGGCAGCAGGGAUCCUGACCAUGGGGAAGAGGACAGAGGAGAGGGCCGCAGAGCUGUACAUGGACUGGAUGGCUCGGUCAGGAACCACCAUCACAACACCCCACCCUGGGUGAAGGCAUACUUAUAUCUCAUGGUAUAAAUAUACUGGGACACUGUUCAAAUGUAGGUAGUAAAAUCACACUUAUUUUGUGAGUGGUAUUUAAUAAAAUGUAUAUUUUAUUGCUCAUGGGGA